CAAAAACAAUAACAUACAUACACAAUAUAAAUUAUUUAUGCAAGAUUAUCAUUCAAUGGGUCAUAUGAUACCGGCUUCUAAUACGUCUAAGCCGGAGUGUUUCAAUACUCAUCAUUGCGUGCGCACAGAUAGCGACGUAAAUUCGAAAUUUCGAGUUGUAUUCAAUGCAUCAUGUAAAACUUCAUCAGGAUAUAGUUUGAAUGACCUUAUGAAAACAGGCCCGAAUCUUCAGCAAGAUUUACAGUCUUUAAUCAUUAAAUGGAGACAAUAUCAAUUUGCUUUUACUGCGGACAUAGAAAAAAUGUUUCGCCAAAUUUGGCUACACCCAGACGAUCAGAACUUAUUAAAAAUAGUAUGGCGGGACUCUAAUUCGGACCCUAUUCGUGAAUAUCAACUCACGACGGUUACUUAUGGUACGAAAGCAGCUCCAUUCCUAGCUAUGAUGACCUUAAAACAGCUGGCUAGUGAUGAGAGAAAUAAUUAUUUACAUAGCUCCGCAAUCGAAGUCUUAGAGAACUCAUUUUAUAUGGAUGACGUCAUACACGGUUGUCAUUCCAUAGAGGAAGCUAAGAUAUUACAAAGCGAUUUAAUUAAGUUAUUGCAAUCAAGUGGCUUUAACUUACGUAAGUGGAAAUCAAAUACUACGGAAUUAUCACAAAAUAUAAAAGAAUCCAAUAACAAUUCUAGUGAUUUUAAUUUUAAACAAUCAGAAACAACAAAAACUUUAGGAUUAGGGUGGAAUCCCGAAGAAGAUAUUUUUACAUUUCAUUCGCAACUAGAACCCUUGAAAUCAUCAAAAAUAACAAAAAGAGUGCUUUUAUCAGAUAUAUCAAAGUUAUUCGACCCUAUCGGAUGGCUAUCACCGUUAUCAACAAAAUUAAAAAUUAUUUUUCAACAAGUAUGGGCGGCGCAUAUAGGAUGGGAUGAUCAAAUACCAGAAGAAAUAUAUAAGGAAUGGAUCAAAGUUAGAAAUGAUAUUAGCAUGAUCAAAGAUAUAAAAUUACCACGCUGGAUUCACACCCGUAAUUGCGAUAGUAUUGAGUUACAUGGGUUCUGUGACUCGUCUAUGAAAGCUUAUGCAUGUGUUAUAUAUUGCCGUGUAAAUAAAGGUGAAGAUUCACAUAAUAUAACAUUAUUGGUUGGAAAAACGAGACUUGUGCCGACUAGCAAGGUCGUUACAUUGCCUAGAUUAGAACUGAGUGGAGCAUUACUUUUAUCAAAAUUAAUGAAUAAGGUUAAGGAAUGCCUUAAAUGUAAUGAUAUCAAAAUGUAUGGAUGGGCUGACAGUACAGUAGUUUUAGGUUGGUUACAAGGGAAUGCAGCAAGAUGGAAAACGUUCGUGGCAAACAGAGUGCAGCAAAUAACAAAGGUCAUGCCUCCAGAUUGUUGGCGGUAUGUCAAAUCAGAAGAAAAUCCUGCCGACUGUGCAAGUCGAGGUUUAUCAGCAUCACAAUUGAAGGAUCAUUCUUUGUGGUGGCAAGGCCCCAAGUGGCUAUCAACAUUUAGUGAUCAAACAAAAAAGGUCACAUAUUCAACAGAUCAAGAGUUGAAAGUAUCAAAACAAGUUACCGCCACGGUAACAAAUCAUCAAAAUAAUUCUAUCAUAAUAGAUAUAUUAUCAAAACACAGCACAUUCCGUAAGGCUGUGCGAAUCGUUGCAUGGAUGUGUAGAUUCACCAACAACAAGAAGAAAUAUCAAAGUUACUUAUCAGUGGAGGAAUUGAAACAUGCAACAUUGCUUAUUAUCAGAAAUAUUCAACAGUUAUCAUUUGAAAAGGAAAUAUCAGAUUUAAGAAGUGGUAAUAAUAUACAUAGGAAAAGUAAAUUGUGUGAGUUAAAUCCUUAUAUCGAUCAACAACAAAUUAUCAGAGUAGGAGGAAGACUGCGACAUGCUUACCUUGACCCUGACAUGAAAAAUCCUAUCAUCAUACCGAAUAACAGUCGUCUCUCGGAAUUAUUAAUUAAUGAAGCACACCAAUCUACUUAUCAUGGAGGUGCUAGGCUAACAUCAUCAUAUUUAAGGCAGAAGUAUUGGAUUAUGGGUGGCUAUAGGGCUGUUAAAAAGAUAGUACGGCAGUGUAUCAAAUGUAGGAGGCAUAAUCCCAGCAAGCAUCAUCAAAUUAUGGGAGAUUUACCAGCGGCUAGAGUAAACCCAUCAAGACCCUUCUACAAUGUGGGAGUCGACUAUACAGGUCAUGUAUUUAUCAAAUCAAACGCUGGAAGAGGUAUCAAGACAACAAAAGGUUACAUUGCAGUAUUUACUUGUAUGGCCACCAAGGCUGUACACCUGGAACUGGUAUCAGAUUUAUCAAGUGCAAGUUUUAUAUCAGCCCUGCGUAGAAUGUCAGCUCGCAGGGGUAAGCCUGGUCACAUCUACAGUGAUAACGGCACUAAUUUUAUAGGAGCAAAUAAAAUAUUACAACAAGAAUACGAUGAAAUACUCAAAAUAUUUAACACACAAUUUCAAUCAGAGGUGGCAACAUGAAUAUUUAACAAAUUUAUCAACGAGAAGCAAGUGGAGACAAUCAAAAGAUAAUAUCAAAUUAAAUGACAUUGUAAUCAUUCAUGACAGCAAUCUUCCCGCAGGAAAAUGGCCUCUAGGGCGAG